GUCAACUGUACCUCUGGAAUUUGUAUCACUUAUGGGAAGUCCCGCUGUUACACCAAGAUUAACACCUGUUGCUUCAUCGUUGACACUGCGUCCAGAUCGAUUGACACGAAUGCCUCCACUUAAUUUGUCGGCUAUAGAUACCAAUGAGAAAUUGAAGAGUCCUGACAGAUUGUUGAGCCCAUCAGAAAAUGGAGGAGUGUUUUCAGACGGCAUAGCUGAAAUGAAGCAUGUCUCUGGGAAUCUAAAAGAGGCCAACCAGAAGUUUCUCAAAGCAGCUAAUUAUAAUGCUGCUGAGCAGCAGAGAGUAAAACAGUUAUAUGUUCGAUUUAGUGGUAGCUUUGCCAAACUAUUAACGGAAGAGGCAUUUUCUAUUUUGAUGGUCAAGCUUGGAAUGUCCGAAGAAAGUUGUCUGGAUAUCUUUCAUGCUUUCAAUGUGUCAAACAGUACAGAAGGCAUCAACUACUUUGAGCUUCUGCAAGGACUGGCUAGCAUGGAUCCCAAAACAAAACAUGGCGAUUUGCCUGGUGAGAUUAGAUGCAGAUAUAUAUUUAGAUAUUAUGACAAGAACAGAGAUGGCAAUAUCAAUGGAGAUGAACUUGGGAAAAUGUUGGAAGAUAUUCGAAAGAGUCCAGGCACUAGUGUACGUGAAGAUGAAAUUCAGGCCAAUUUGAGGGUAUUCAGUUGUACAGAAGAGACUGGCAUUAGUCUCAAUGGAUUUUUGAGAGCUGUCGGUACUUUGAAGUUUCGAGGUACUUCCGGACUCUUUAGGCUACCGAAUAGUCCAGUCACUAGGGGUGCAAUGGUAUCAGAGUCUGUGGGUAUCUCACAAGGCAUUGAAGGAGUUGCUGCAACUGCAACAGCAAUCGUUAUUCCACAAGCUGUCCAGUCUCCUCCAAAGCCAAAGAAUAGAAGUGCAACGUGGGUUCGACCAGCGUCCUACACUCAUGUGAAGCGCCAAUCUCCUUUGAAGCAUGACCUCACAGAUAGAGAACUGCACGUUGACACUAGCCAUGCAAAACGAUCAUGUCGUUCUGGGACAAUGCCUGAGCCCGACCUAGACGAAUACCCUGGUCUACUCACAUUUGCAACCCCACCUCAACAGCGUCAACAUUAUGAGUUGGCCACACACUCGGUGAAAGUUCGUAGGACUGGUGGACUGAGUGGAGUGAACAAGCUAUGGGACUCAACGCUGUCUGAAGCCAUGUCUGCCAGCAUCAAUAUGGAAUAUGAGAAGUUAAAGUUCUUUAGAGUGUCAUCAUCAGAAACGUUUGAUCAAAAAUCAUUACCGAAUGAAAUGCUUGCAGGACUUCGAUACUUCGAAAGGCACAUGAAGAAUGAUGGCACAGGACACGAGAAACAAGCAUUCUCGUGGGGUGCAGUGAACAGCACUGCUUUGUCUAUGUGCUUGAUGUCUGUAUGCAAGAAGGUUCGAGACUUGUUGCAAGCAGAGCCAAGACUUCUUCGUCUUAGUCCACCAACUUAUAUAUUGGGUGAUCUGCAUGGAAAUUUUCACGACUUGGUGUGCUUUGAGAAGGCGUUAUGGCGUCUUGGCCCUCACUUGACACCGUGUAAUUUUUUGUUUUUGGGUGAUUACGUUGAUAGAGGAGAGUAUGGUGUUGAGGUUGUGGCAUAUCUGUUUGCUCAGAAGCUUCUGGCUCCAUCUAAGAUGUUCUUGAUCAGAGGAAAUCAUGAGCUACGCGCCGUUCAGGAGAGUUUCCAGUUUAAAGAUGAGUGCAUUGAAAAGUUUGGUGAUGUCGUCGGGCAGCAAAUUUGGGAGUCUAUCAAUGACUGUUUUGAUGCUAUGCCUGUAGCUGCAAUCAUUGAUGAGAAAAUCUUUUGUGUCCACGGUGGCAUUCCGAUGCCAUGCUUUGGAAAAGGGCUAUUAUCAGCAAUCGAUGAAGUACCGUCUGUUAUGAGAGACCCCGAAGUGCAAAGUCCAUUGGCAUGGGAGCUGAUGUGGAGUGAUCCUGCCAGGAUAGAGGAUAGUGACAAUGACACAAAAAAGGAGUUGAAGAGGAAUGGGGGAUUCGCAUCAAAUGAAACUCGAAUGACAGCUCACAUAUUCAGUCACGAAGCUUUGGAAUCCUUUCUGAAACGUAAUGAUUUGUCACAUGUCAUACGAGCACAUGAAGUCAAACCCAUUGGAUUCCAGGUGCAACACUGUGGUCGCCUUCUCACUGUGUUUUCUUCAUCUCACUACUGCGGUUCAGGCAAUGAAGCCGCCUGCGUUCUUGUCGAUUCAAACAAGAUAAGAACUAUCAGACUCGAUACAACAUAGUUGUUUGGUGCACAGUUGUCAUUAUGUGAAGUUAGGUACAGCUCGUGUGUACUUGUAGUUUGAGUGUGUUGGUGUAAGAAACUGUCUUAGCAAUCAAGGUAUGUUAAUUAAUUAAACACUGGUCCUAUAAGAUGCGUACUAGUAUAGUCAAGUGCAUUAGAAAUCUGAUUUAUGGUUGCGGUAACUUGUUUUGCUGUUUAUAUAUAUUUACUUGGUUC